UGCUAUAAAGACAAGUGUCGCUGAAUCUAUAUCUACAGCGAGCGAAUGAACUAGAUCGCUCGACGAUGACAUUGAGGCGUUGCAAAGUACACAUCAUCGUCACCGAUCGAUCGCUGCAACAAUAAUGUUCGCUCGAAGAAGCCAAUUGCCAAAGAGCAGCAGUAGCAGUAGCCGCAGCCGUAGCCGCAGCAACAGCAAUAGUAACGCCGCCGCGGCCGCUUCAUCGCCGUCGCACGGUAGCUGCACGCCCUGGUCGGUACGCGCCGAAUUCACCAUACAUCGCGAGGACGACGACAAGCCCGUGACGGGAGUGACCAAGAACGCCAAGAUCGAGCCUUGCAGCGAGGCUACGGGUGUCAGGAUGACCUACAGCUUCGUGCCCGAUUGCGUGGCCGAAAGGUCACCGCCGUCGCCGCCGUUCCUCCAAGAUUCCUUGUCGGACAAUUGCAAUUUUCAGAGAGGAAAUAUGUUGUUUACCUCGACGCCGCCGACAAGGAAGUCCGCCAUUCCCGUGAGGACGAACAGUAGCCUGUUCUCGAGUAGGAGGUCUGGUGGAUGCUACACGCACAUGAUGCAACACGAGCAGACGUUGCAGCUGGCGACCGACGACGAAAAAUCCGGCAGUUUGUAUCGAUGCGGAAAUCCUCGAUUCACGGACAUGAACGACAAACGUUGCACCAGUACCUACAGUAUUGUCCUAGCACCUACGGCAACGACGAGUCCCAACGGCGGCGUCGGGGGACCCUGCAAAGCUGUGCCAACGAGCAGAAUUCCCUAUCCGAGACCUUGGAGCACGUACAAACAAGCGGUGGCGAAGCCGUGCUGCAAGUUCAACGCGGUGCCCGACGUGUGCGCCGAUUGCGCCGAAGCUGCGGCCGGCAACAAGCCGUUCGCCGCGCACUUUUGCACCAAAUUAAAAGAGAAAACACCUUCUCCCACGACGAUGACGACGACGGCGACGGCAACGAGGACGACGUGCCAGCCUGCGGCGGAGGCGAGCAGCAACAAAGCCGAUGCUGUUACACAAACGACCGAUAUCGAAGCGAAAAAUUCACCGGUAAUGGCGAGAAGAAAGAUUCGGAGAAGAAGGUCCGGCAGUGUGUCUGGUUCUGGCAAAGAGGAGCUACAGAAAAAAGCCUUUGGAAAGCACACGAGAAAGCCAGCGAGAAGUCCUACACCCGGACCGGAAGCAGCCUCGAACAAAUCCGACUCGUCCAGUACCGCCACGACGGAUACGACGAAAUCCAAAGACGACAAUAGCGAGAAGAGAAAGCGCACGGUGCACAUCGACGUUUAUUGCACCGGCACCGAAGAUGACGACGACGACGACGAUUCGACGUCCGACAGCGAGUCCGACGACACCAGCCAAAUUUCACCCACCGUCUUUGAGAAUCCCGACGUGAGAAUAGUCCACAGGACGGUGACGGACGACUCCUUACUGCCGCGCGGUUUCCAAGACGAGAAUGCAUUCCUGAAGCGCGCCACCGAGCGCCGAUGCGAGAGCUUCAAGCACGCGCCCCUGCGCAUGCCCUCGCUCGCCAGCUCCAAGGGCUACGAGAGCAGCGACGAUCUGCUCAGCUCUCUCUAUCCGUCGCAGUUCAGCUCUUACAGCCGGAUACGCGACUUCGAGUCGUCGAUCGGCUUGUCCGCGGCCUCCUCGAGCGUGCGCAUAGCCGAGGAAACGGCCUCGAUGACCUCCUGGAAGGACACGACGAUCUCGGACAUGGAGUCGCUGCUGGGCAGCAAGGCCAGCAUCACUCAGUGCGACAGUUUCGAGUACGACGACUCACUGGAUCGCGAGCGAAUCCGACGACUCGAUCAGAUACUCUGGGCUAGGAAAGCUUUGGCUAAUAAUCGACUGAGUAAUCAGAGGAUCAAGGAAUGCACGGGAAAAAAUUCGACGACCGAGUGGUCUUCUGAAACGAGCGACGACGAUGACGACGACGACGACGACGAUGCAUCCGAUUCUGAAGUUGGCUGGAGUUUUGUCUCGAGCGAGGACAAUUCCAGCGUGGUACACGGCAAACUGAUGAUACAAGAAUUACCUGGAGUUACUGGCAUCGUAACGACGACGUCCGAAAAUCCAGAACCCUAUAUCGAGAGCAUAAAAGAAACUAAAAUGGCUGCACUGAAGGACAGGAUUGGCCCGUUCGGUUCGACGAGUCCUUCGCCACCUCCAUCGAAAUUGCAAUCGAGAGUCACGUCGCCGUUCACCACACCGCAGGGUGAAAAGACCGAUCACAUAAUCAAAGCCUCGGUUUUCGGCCGAGUUAUCAAUACCUUGAGAAAGCCCGGACAUCACGUAGGCCCCGCAAAAAAUCCCGUCUGCUCAUGCGAGCACUGUCGACGAUACUUCGAGGAGUCGUCCAGAAAAAGGUCGCGCUCCCUCGACAUACUCGACUCUCGAAGGUGCUCGAGAACGUCGAGCUAAAGAUACGCCAACUUAAAAAUUGUCAUCUUUCGAGAAUGUGCCGGAGGGGAUAUAUGUGCGUGUGAUGCGGUGUUGUGAAAGUGUACAAAAAAAAAUUCCGAGCUCGAAACUCGCCGUAAGCUUAGAAAUACCGACACCGAAUGAUGUUUAUAAAUAAUUUCUGUAUAACAAAAUAAUUGAAAUUUAUCGACGCAAGUUCACUUGCACACUUCGAGAAAAUGUAUGUAUUUUUCUUGAUGUUUAAUAAUAAUAUGUGAGUGGCAUUUUUAAUACUUGGAUAUUAACAAUUUUAAAAACUGGGAAUUUGGUCAGCUGAAAGAAAUAAUGUGUAGACGUAUUCAUUAAAAUAAUACUACAAUACGAAUAUUUUUGGAUAUUAUAAAUAUUUUAAUAAUAAUAAAAUUUCAGCGCUUGAAAUAUUAAGUUAUUUUCUAUCCUAUUCAACUAUUUCUAUGCAAUACGAUUGACAUCAUAUCUCUUGACAAUUUCUUUGAUUAAACAAUUGAUAAAUGCUAAAUUUGUUAAUAUUAUCUUGAAA